GUCCUCCGGUCGCGCGCGUCGUUGUACAGUAAAUCAUGCCUCUGUUUGCAGGUCGCUUCAUUUCCUGUGUCGCUGACGAGCUGAACCGCCGGUAAACAAACACCUGAGUCUCAGUGAAACGCGCGUCACCUGCGCCAUCGCAUCGAGAGAGAUGAUCGAGACACAAAGACGCGCGGUCGCUCACGAGAUGUAUAAUACGGUAUACUAGGUUGCCAUCUUUUUACCGUAGGACAGUUAUCAUUUGGUGUUAGUUAGCGACUUGCCAAUAGGACACGGACGGAAUAAUUUAGUAGUGUGCUGGUCAGCAGCGGUGUACGCGCGGGGAUGUCUACUCCCCUGAACAGCUGCCCUCGGAAACUAACCCUGACAGGCGAGUGAAACGGUUCCUCUAAGACCCAGCGGACACCGGCGCCCGACAGGCCGCAGUGUCCGUGAUGAAGUGCGCGAGCGGCGGUGACGCGCUGCGCGCCCGUUGCACUGCUGUGCACUUUGCGGUGAGACUUUGACGCCUCUCUGCGCCGUGCGCUAAUCUUCGCUGUGACGAAUGUGUGUGUGAAGGUUGUUUAUUGGCUGCGAGAAUGUUGUUGACUCGGGGCGACUGUUCCCUGGACAUGAUAUGCGAUGAAGUGAAGGGAAUCUUGUCUUCGCUCGGAGCGGACCCGAUUGCCAGGCCUUAGGAGAAGCGCGUAAAUGUGGUUCUCUUGGGGACUUCGAGUAAGUUGUCGUGCAGCAGAGCGGCGGUGUAGCGGCGCGAGCUGUGGUAUCUGACUGCUGCGCGCGGAGAGCCACACACUCAGGUCCCGGUGGUUAAGUUAACUUACCAUGCUGGCGAACACGCGGGGCUUCCUGUGGUCGGACGUGGAGACCCGAGCGCUGCUGCACAUCUGGGGCGAGCAGGACGUGCAGACGGCGCUGGACGGAAACUUUCGCAACAGCCACGUUUACCGGGACGUGGCCGGGCGGCUCGGCGAGAUGGGCUUCGACCGCACGCCCGAGCAGUGCCGCAUCCGAGUCAAGAGCCUCAAGAGGCAGUACUACCAGGCCAAGGAGGGAUCCAGGAGGAACGGCCACUACCACAGGGUGUGCAAGUUCUACGACGAGAUGGAGAGGAUCCUGAGCGGCAGGAGGAGCCACGGCGACGCGCCGGACCCGAGCGACGUGAGCGCGCCUGUCGGCGACGAGGACGAGGACGAGGAGGAGGGGGGCGCGCAGAAGCCCGGCUUGAAGGAGCCCUACACGGACAGCGCUGGAGAGUGCUCCUUCACACAGCAGCCGGUGAAGCUGGAGUACUCCUCCUUCCCGAUCCCCGCCUCCACCAGUAACGGUGCGGCACUGAGUCAGAGCAGCGCCCAGACUUUCAGCAGCCCCUCUGCCAGCAGGCCCAGGAGGACCAAGAAGCGCUACAGCAACCUUUCUCUGGACAAGCUGAUGGAGCGCUUGCUGGAGCAGAGCACCGUGGCUGAGGAGAACUUCUACAAGCAUGAGGAGCAACGUCUGCAGCUGGAGGACAGGCGCCGGGAGGCCGAGCAUGCCCGUGAGCUGCAAAUGCUCCAAGUUUUGGGCCAGAUGUUCAGUGGGAUUUCCUCGCACUCCACCAGCACUGCAGCCCCACCCACACAGACCUGCCCCCCCCACAGUCUUCCACACCGCCACGAGCAGGCACCUCCUUCUGCCCGCCCCCUAGUCAUUGAGCGCUCCUUCUCCCUGGGGGGCUCCGCGCCGAGGAACAUGGACAGCCUCCUUCCGCUCGUCAGGAGCAUCAUACCACCCCUGACCCCUAGGAAACACAAGGGCCAAGAUGGCCGCAUCGGCAUCAUCGGGGGAUGUCAGGAGUAUACAGGAGCUCCAUACUUUGCAGCAAUUUCAGCUCUUAAAGUGGGAGCAGACCUGUCUCAUGUGUUUUGUACCAAAGAUGCUGCCACUGUGAUAAAGUCCUACAGCCCUGAACUGAUUGUACACCCAGUGCUGGACAGUGCGGAUGCGGUGCAGGAGGUGGACAAGUGGCUGCCCAGACUGCACAGCCUUGUAGUCGGUCCAGGUCUGGGACGUGACGAUAAGCUUCUAAGAACGGCAAAGGAUAUAGUGGAAAAAUCCAAAGCAAGAGGAAUUCCCAUUGUUAUUGAUGCAGAUGGGCUUUGGCUUGUUGCCCAGCAACCUUCUGUCAUACACGGCUACCAGAAGGCCAUCCUCACUCCGAAUUUCAUGGAGUUCAGUCGUCUGUAUGAAGCAACACAUCGCAAGCCAGUGGAGACCAGCGACAUCGGGCAGACGGCCUUGCAGCUGAGCAUGGCCAUGGGGAACCUGACAGUGGUGCUGAAAGGGGCAGAGGACAUCAUCACUAAUGGAAGCAGUGUGAUUGUGUGUAGCCACGAGGGCAGCAGCCGCCGGUGCGGUGGGCAGGGCGACCUCUUGUCGGGGUCCCUCGGCGUCAUGGCACACUGGGCCUUCUCGGCGCAAGGAGACACUGCAAAGAGCGUCAGCCCAGCGAUGGUGGCGGCGUUCGGGGCCUGCGCUUUGACGAGGCAGUGCAACCGACAAGCUUUCCACAAGCACGGCAGGGCCACCACUACCUCCGACAUGAUCCAAGAGAUCGGCACAGCCUUCCAGAAGCUGUUUGAGAGCUGAGUGAGGGGUGGGAAGGUGAGCCUUCCUUUUCGCAUACUCUCCUUCCAGCUGCCGCACUGGAGUUCUCACACCAACCUCACGGUGGUCCGUGGGGCCUGGCUAGAAGGUGAUUGAUCGUUUUACUUGUAGAUGUUCUCGAUGACUGUAAGGAGAGUAUGGGGGGGAAAAAGGUACUUGAGAAGUGCAAAGAUUCCGUAACAGCAAGUGAAAAUGCAACGAAAUCAAGUGGGUUAUUUAAUAAAAGAGUUUAGAUAAACAUGGGCUUCCCCUUCGUUUCAGACUGAAGGAAGGUUUUUUGGCCUUCAGUAACACUAGACCUGUAGGCCAUCUGAGGAUGAAAUAGUCCCUUUAUCUUGCACUGAGCUUUGGUAUUUCAAAGUGCCUCGUGCUCCUGUAGCCAAUGACAUUACACUGGAGUGUGUUGUUUUGUCUGACACUGGAACGGCAAAGAAACGAUCCACGGUAUUUCCCCACGUUUUUUUGUAUCGGCCUCUCCGAAGUCUUCCGAAGCUCUGUGUAAAAAUGAUGCUAAAUGUGGUGAACGCAAGGCAGACAAACGGUAUUGUACUUCUUCUGACACUCCUAUGGAGGCUUCCAUUCCAGGCAGAAAUAUCAAAGGAGGACAGGAAGACAAGUGGCUCAGACCCCAUAUCAUUUUGGGUAUUUGCCCUGGUUAUUGCUCUGUCGCGACAAUCGUUGUGUCCAGACUCUGUGGUUGCCCUUUCAGAAUGAAUUAAAGAAUGUAACUGGCAUAGUACCACAGACCCCAUUUCUUAAUUUUCCUUUACCUGAAAAUAUUAAAACUAAAAGGAUUUUAAAAAUCUUAU